AUGUCGAGCAAAGAGUACUCUUUGGAAGAGCUUAAUUAUUUCCGUAUUUGUUACAUCAGUACAAAAAUUGUACGGGAUGGCCUGCAAUCAGUGUUCAAACAAGAAUGGAAUAGAUUGUAUGGAAGUAGGCGUGGACAAUGGCUUGACACUCCUAGUAAUGGGAUGGACUUUUUCAACAUGGAAUCACUAAAAAGCCGGAAGAGAAACUAUAGGCUUCUGAACAGCAUUAGAUAUGGAGACAGCGGUUCCUGGGAUUGUACCUGCCUUUUCUUUGCGAUUCUCUAUUCCGAUACCCUUGGCGGACUUCUGCCACGUGCAAGUCCUACUGUAUAUAGUAACGUUAAUGAUUUGCGAGAAUUCCGCAAUGGGUUUUUUGCGCAUCUUUCCCAACCAAGAGUUUUGGAAUCAGACUUUCAGGCCAAUGUUCAGAAGGUCACAAACGCGUUUAUAGCUCUAAAUCUUGACACAACAGAACUGCAGACAAUAGUAAAUCAACGGAACUUUCCCACAGGGGAGCUUCAAACACUCCAAGAGAAAAUUGCCGUCUUAGAGAAAGAAAUUCAAGGUAAGCCCAAAAACUUUGUAGUUCUUCCAUCCAAGCCAUCGCACGAGGUCAUUGAAAGGAGUAGUGAAGUCAAAGAAAUCAUGCAGAUGCUUUGUGACCUCCAAAACGGAAGUGACGAUGAUUCUGUUGUAACCGUGUUUGUCACUGGAAAUCCAGGAUGUGGCAAGAGUCAGAUUGCUCGUCAAGUUGGAGGAAAAUUUGCUGAUCAGAACUCUGAUUGCAACUCAUUUGUCAUGACACUGGAUGCUGAAAGCGAAGAGACUUUGCUUGAAUCGUAUAAGAGAUUUUGCCGUGAGCUUGGAAUCACAGAAUACUCUCUAAAUAAUAUCGUAGGAGGCGAUUCCAAAUUGACGAAGAAAGAAAAAAUUACACAUCUGAAAAGCUUUGCAUUUUCCAAGGUACGAGAGUAUUCCACCUGGUUGCUCAUAUUGGAUAACGCUGAUAAAAGUGAUAGCUUACGCUGCUUCUUGUCAGAGAAAGGAAAGCAUGUAGGUUGUGGACAACUACUUGUUACCACGCAAGAGAGCACCUAUCUCCCAUUUGGUGACCCUUCAUGCAAAAUGAUCUCCCUCAGUGAGGGAAUGCAAGUAAACGACGCCGUGAAUCUUCUCAGGAGUGUCUCCAAGCUUCCACCUGGCAAUGAUGAAGAAGAACAUGCAGUAUUAGAUGCCUUAGAUUACCAGCCUUUGGCCAUUGCUUCAGCAGCACUGUAUGUUCGAUUCUUGCGCGACGGAGUAGGAACGGAUAUUGGUUCUGCAAGUUUCACAUGGGAAAGCUAUGUCAAACAACUAGACAAGGGAAAGAGAAAGGCAACUGAAAAGGUCUACGAAGAGACGAACGUGAAUUAUCCACAGUCAAUGACUUCAGCGGUCUCAUUGACAUUGCAAAAACUUGUUAAGAAUGCCGUUUUUGAGCGUGUGUUCCAGUUCCUGGCUUUGUCUUCGCAAGCACCAAUUGCACUUGACGUUAUUGUCAAAUAUGUGAUGGAAAUGGAACCGGACAUAGACGAAUCCCUCACAGCAGUAGAAAUUUCCAAAUGCUGUCUGCUUAUCCCAGAUGCAGAUAAACCUGCUCUCGUAAGAGUGCACCGGGUCGUACACGAGGUGAUGAAAAGUCAUUUCAUCGAGAAGAGCCCCACAGAUAAAGUCUUUGAGAUCGUUCAGUCAUACAUCAAGACAAUAUCUCUGUUUGUCCAACAUGACCUUGUAGAAUUGGACCUCCAGUUUCACCUCUUUUCUAACAUGAUGGCCCCCCAUUUAAAAGCGUUCAGUAGCCACUUGGAGACUUCAAACUGGGUACUGCACAUGACAAGACAUGAAAGCUCAGAUGAAGUCAAAGAAGCGAUUUUCAGCAUGGGUGACAUUUGCAGCAAACAAGAUUAUCUACCAGCAGCAAUGAAAUACUUUGAAUGUGCCCUCAAAAUCACCUGCAGUAAAGAAGAAGAGAAUGAAGACGACAAAGCUUUCAUUGCCAAGAUUCUAAACAAUACAGGUGUCGUCUACUUGAAACAAGGAAUGUUUGAAGAGGCUAAAGAACACCAUGAGCGUGCACUGAAUCAUCUCGGCGACAAUCUGAAUCAGGGCCAAAAGUCGAGUCGGGAAGUUGCGGACUCUUUGAACAAACUGGGAAAUGUAUUCUAUAGACUAAGCCACUUUGAUGACGCAAAGGAUUACUUCAUCAGGUCGCUAAAAAUGAGGGAGGAGUUAUGUAAUGGAGAGGAUGCCGCUAUUGCUUCCUCCCUUAACAAUCUGGGAUCCAUCUACAGCGUCUUGGGUGAGCACCAGAUUGCAAAGGAUUAUUACCAAAGAUCACUUGCCCUAGUGAAAAAAUGCUUUGGGGAAACCCACCCCCAGGUCGCCGACUGCUUAAACAAUCUUGGAAUUGUGUAUUGUGAACUAGAUGAAACCAAAAAUGCGCAAAAACAUCUUGAGGAAGCGUUUGAAAUGAGGAAGAAACUGUACCAGCCCAACCACCUCGUGAUCUCUGAGUCCUACAACAACCUAGGACUGGUACACAGAGGUGCUGGUCAACCCGUAAAAGCAAUGGAUUUCUUCAAAUCUGCGUUAUCUAUUAGAGAGAGGGUGUUAGAUCGAGAACAUCCCGCAAUAGCAGAAGCACUGAGCAAUCUGGGACAGGUGUACAUGGAUCUUGGACAAUUGCAGGAAUCCAAAGACUGUCACUUCAAAGCAAGGAACAUUCGGAUGGAGAAAUUGGAAAGUGAUCAUUCUGAACUAGGUGACUCGAUGCUGAAUCUUGGAAUGGUAUUUGAACAAUGCAGUGAGCUUCGUGAGGCAGCUUAUAAUUAUCGUCAAGCCCUUGAAAUCUACGCCAAACAUUACCCUCUGAAUCAUCACCUACGCCAGUCAGCAGAAGAAUGUUUAAAACGUGUCUCACAACAAGCAGAUCUAAAUGAUUCCAGUUUGAACCGACCUGAAAACUACACGGCUCGCAUUUGGUCAUCGAUGAAGAAAAAUUUUAGGCGAUCAAAGAUCUUGAACUAUCCCUUAGCUGGGUCGUACUAUGACAGAAUCAUACUGAAUUCGAAUAAUUCUUUUCUUCUUGGGGGGUUGUUUGAGCUCGAGAGUCUUGACGCUAACCUCUUUGCGCUAAUUAUUAUACUGUUGGUGCAAUAUGUAAAAUACUACAAGCUAGACGAGAAUACUGGGUUUUUUAGGAGCUUUUUGGAAGUGAUACCCUACGUUGUUGGGGCUAGAGUAGCACUAAGGGCACUAGAAGCAGAUUAUAGAGCUUUUGAGUUUAGGUUACUCUGGCUACUUAAACUUUAUGGUUUUCUAUACCUGUUGGCAUAUUUUCUUCAUCAUAUCUUUGGUUUUAGUUAG